UUAAGAAUAUGGUAAUCAGUACGGCGGCGUCAACAUCAUUUCACUCCAACCGUUUUAACCACCAUCACCACCGGCGGCGUCGCCCUCUUCCCUUUUUCCGUCAGCCGCUGCCGCCUUUCUCUUUAGCAAAAACUCCCUAAUAUUCUCCAUUCUUUAAAAAAAAAAAAACAAUUAAAAAAUCCAUUCAUGGACUCGUAAAAAAUUUCUAAAUACAUUGGCUUCCAUCAACCAACAAGGUGAGAUGGAUUUGGAAAUGGGGCUAACUUCGGCCCCAAAUCCAAUUUCUAACAUGAAUUAUACCGGCGAGCCAUCACCGUCGCCAUCGCCACGUGCACCAGCACUCGUGGUGUCACAUUCAAGCAAGUCUCUGAUACCAUCAAAUUCAGGGAAGGCAUUGGUUGUGUCAAAUUCAGGGAAAGCAUUACUUUUAUCAAAUUCAGGGAAAAGGAUAGAUCCUUCAGGUAAAAAAAAGUAUGUGAAGCAGGUGACGGGGCGACACAACGACACGGAGCUACACCUCGCGGCUCAGCGCGGGGACGUGGGGGCGGUGAGGGAGAUAUUGGAGGAAAUUGAUGCACAGAUGUUGAAAACAAUGAGCGGAGCAGAGUUUGAUGCAGAGGUGGCGGCGAUAAGGGAGGCAAUGGUGAAUGAGGUAAAUGAAUUAGGGGAAACGGCAUUGUUCACUGCUGCUGAACGGGGAUAUAUUGACGUGGUUAAGGAGUUGCUUCCUUAUAGUACAAAGGAGGGGAUCACGACCAAGAAUCGUUCUGGUUUUGAUCCCUUGCAUAUUGCUGCUAGCCAAGGCCACCAAGCUAUUGUUAAGUUACUAUUGGAGCAUGAGCCAGAGUUGAGCAAGACAGUUGGCCAAUCAAAUGCAACUCCUCUUGUAUCUGCAGCCACAAAAGGGCAUAUAUCGGUUGUCAAUGAAUUGCUUUCCAAGGAUUCUAGCUUGCUAGAGAUACCAAGAUCCAAUGGCAAAAACGCGUUACAUUUGUCUGCCCGCCAAGGCCAUGUGAACAUUGUUAAAGCAUUGCUGGAAAAGGAUCCGCAACUGGCAAGAAGAACCGAUAAAAAAGGACAGACUGCUUUACACAUGGCUGUAAAAGGUGUUAGCAGUGAAGUAGUGAAGUUGCUUCUGCAAGCAGAUCCAGCCAUUGUAAUGCUGCCUGAUAAGUUUGGCAACACUGCAUUGCAUAUUGCCACACGGAAAAAGCGUUCAGAGAUAGUGCACGAGCUUUUGCUGCUCGACGACACAAAUGUCAAUGCACUGACAAGAGAUCAUAAAACAGCUCUAGACAUAGCCGAAGGGCUUCCUAUGUCUGAAGAAUCGACAGAACUAAAAGAGUGCUUGACUCGUUAUGGUGCUUCGAGAGCCAACGAAUUGAAUCAGCCUCGCGAUGAACUUAGAAAGACUGUGACAGAAAUUAAGAAAAAUGUACACUCCCAGCUUGAACAAGCGCGAAAGACUAACAAAAACAUGACAGGUAUUGCAAAGGAACUUCAGAAGCUGCACAGGGAAGGAAUUAACAAUGCUACCAAUUCUGUAACUAUUGUAGCUUCUCUUUUUGCAACAGUAGCUUUUGCUGCUAUAUUCACAGUUCCUGGUGGUGACCUUGACUCUGGGUACGCUGUGGCGUCUAACACCCCAUCAUUUAAGAUCUUCUAUAUCACAAAUGCUCUUGCACUCUUCACAUCGUUGGCUGUUGUGGUUGUACAAAUCACAGUAGUCAGGGGUGAGACAAAAUCUGAUAUAAGGGUUAUUGGGGUGAUUAACAAGUUAAUGUGGUUGGCCGCGGUUUUCACUACUCUGGCUUUUGUAUCUGCCUCUUAUGUAGUUAUUGGCCGGCGUAAUAUAUGGGCUGCAAUUCUUGUUACAGUUUUUGCAGGAAUUAUCAUGGCAGGGGUUUUAGGCGCCAUGACUUAUUUUGUUGUGAAGUCUAAAAGGACUAGCAAAAACAGGAAGAGGGAUAAGUUUGCAAGGACUAGAACCAACUCAUGGCAUCACUCGGAAUUAUCCGAUUCAGAAAUUAAUCCAAUGUUUGCACUCUGAUUCAAGCUAGUGGUUUCAGAGUGUGUUUGUUAUCUCAAACAAGAUACAAAGAAUAGUAAUCUGUUGCAGGAAGUGUGUGCUGGAAAUACUGAAGCUUCACCUCAGCAGUGUUGUAAAUGAAUAUAUCUCUGAAAACUGGCUUGUUUUCUUGCACUUGGGGUGAAAUAUAAUGAUAGGUGAAGAGAAGAGAAAGCAAUCACAGAAAAAUUGAUUGUGGCUCUGAUUAUUCUUGAGUACAAGCACUACUGCAGAAGGUUUUUGUUUGUGUUAGAAGUACAUAUUAUUUGAAUUUCUACUAAAGCAAAUAUGCAUUGUCCCGUAUUCUUUUUUCAUUUCUCAUAAAAAAAAAUUCGUCGAUAAAAUUUUGACUUAUUCGUUUGUUGGUGUAUUUCUUUCCAUUUGAUCUC